AUGGAAGGUCUUCUUAUACCUAUGCGAACAACCUCAACUCCUCGAGAUGAGCCUCUCAUAACAAUCUCCAAGCCUUCUCAAAGCGCUCCACCACAGUUAACGACUGUUCCUUCUCCAGCAUCGCUAUCAACACUUGACGAUAUACUGGCCACCCUGCGUUCAAAACCUUCCUCCGAAACUCUCUCACAGGUUCUUAACCUACUAGUUCCUAGUACUGACAUAAAUUCUUUUGAUAUCAGCACGCCCUCACCCAAAGCUUCGCAGGUCGUGAAAGCACUUCUCGAACUAACCGUCCCAGAUUUCUGGAGCAUUAUCUCAAAAUCUGGACGCUCAAAGUUAAUAUCAUGUCUUCGAUCCAUUACAGGCCUGGGUGGUAUCAUUGCACGUCUAAGAUUCCUCAUUAAAUCCACCGAUUCACAGCCAGGUGUGAAGGGACAAAUCGAGGAGCUCUUAGAUUUACUACAGGGUAUUCUAGGACAAAACGGGAUUGUGCAUGGAAUAUGGGUAUCUGGCGGCGUUGGAGGAGAUGGACAGAGGGGGGUUGUAUGGAAGGAAUUUGUUACAUUGGCUGCAGGAGGGAAAUUACUAUCUAUUGCGGCAGAAGGAGAGAAUAUACUUGGUAAGGGAGGUAGGGAGAGAUGGGUAGGGGAUGGAAAGCUGUAUACGACGUGGCUAGGUAGAGAGAUAUCUAGAGCCAGUACAAAAAUUGAUAAUGAGGAGGAUGAGGAAGAGUGGAAGGCCUUGGCAGUAUUACUGGGGAGAGGCUUUGGUUUAGGCUAUUCUGAUGACCUAGUGGAAUCCCUAACAUACUACCAUAUUACCCUCAAUACCCUCCCAAAACUUCAUCGACUCCUUUCUCAGCUUCUAUCUCAUGAAAAACGCACGUAUCUAUCUUCCCUCUUGCGUAUUCUCUCAAGAAAACAUCUUUUCAAUCCUCAACUUUUCCAAAGCCUCGAAGACCCUUCCGAAAACCCGACCGGACCAGACACCUUCGAUGCUCAAUGGUGGAAGUCCGACGCUCCUGUGGUCUCACAAAUUGCAGCUCUUCUUAAUAUCAUAUUAGGUAGUGACACAACCUACCGUGAUCUAGUAGUAGAUUGGUUGGUUUCCAGUAAUGGCGGCGGAGUAGGAGAGCCAAUAGGUAUAAGGAGAGCACUGGUCGCAGUAUUGAAUGAGGAUCAGGAUGUGCUCAAGGGUCUGCUAGAAAAAAGUAUGAUAAUCUUUGGAGAUAGUGUUUGGAUCCGGCACACGCCGAUUAUGAGGCAGGAAGUAAAUGUCCAGUUACUCCUUCUCCUUUCUGGAUACGCGCAUCGUCACCUCCCUCAAUACCUACACCGUCUCGCUCGCUCUUCACCAUUCCUGAAUGGAGUAUCGAACCGACUAGCUGCAUCAUCUAUUCGCGCUAGGUUUUUAGGAAUGAUAGUUGGGGAGUCACUGUCAGGAUUAACAGAUAAAGAUGGGAAGCCCAUGGAUUUUGGAGUGACAGAGACUGCAAGUGAGGAGGCGAGGUGGUGGAAAAGCAUUGUUGGGAUUCAAGAUAGUGUCAGUGAUGCCGGCGAAGUUAUUAAAUUGGUGCAAGGAGGAGAAAUUGCUGUGAGAAAGAGAAAGCGGGACGCGGAGGUGAAGCCGAAAAUACAGAGCAAGGUGAUGGUGGUUGAGGAGGUCGAAAGUGAAGAGGAGGAGGAAGAGGACGACGAGUUCCAACCGUACCCAAAACCUGAUUCAGAUGCCGAAGACUCCGACGAGGACCCAACAUUGAUCAAUCGCAAAAAGGAUACGGCGCCAAUUUACAUCCGUGACCUCCUCCUUUACCUGAGAUCCACAGACUCCUACGACCGCCAGCUCCUCGCCCUUCAAUCUUCUGCCGCAUUGAUUCGACGUAAAGCCAACUUUGGAAAGGAACUUUCUGACCAUUGUUCAGAACUUGCGAGCCUUUUAACUGGCCUAAACGAUAAAUUCGAGAUGGAAAACUUCCAAGAGAUGCGAAUGCAGGCGCUCAUUGCACUCGUAGUUUCCUCACCCGUCUUAGUUGGUGGACUGCUUGCCCGUGGGUUCUUUGAAGGCGACUACUCGCUCGGUCAGCGCGCAGCAAUGGCAUCUGCUAUCGGUAUGGGGGCUAGGGAGCUAGCGGGCUGUGAUGACGGAGACUUACCACUGAGUGUGGAAAGUGCUAAGGGGAAAUCGGCAGAGUUAUUCCCGUCGAAGAUGCUACCCGGAUUAAUGCAUAAUCAGUGGAUCAAAGGAAAACCUAAUCCAUUAGACAGGAUUGCUGGCGGUAUGGAGAAGAUGAUGAUUUCCCCCAUGGCAGCGGAGGCGGCAGAUAAGGUGACCGGCCCGAAUAUACUCAAGGUUCGAACAUUUAGUAGUCGAAUCGAAGUAGAGAAGCGCCGAGUGAAGCCGGCGGAGAAUAAGCUUGGAAAGGUAGUGGCCGAAGCAUUUUUUUUCCCGUUGACGGGGAGGUGGUGGGGUGCGUUGAAGGAUUUUGGUGGCCGUGGAAUCCACUUUGAGCCAUUCCUAUUGACUCUAUUUCUCAAAACACUCUCUAUAAUACUCCACGCAACCGGCUCCUCUGCUGUUGCGCUUCCGCAGAUGACCUCUGAGUUGUGGGAUCUUUUGUUUUCUUUGCGGAACCAUAGUUUCCCCACCUCAAAUGACAGUAGUGUCCAAGAGGCCGUGCUCUUUGCACUUCUUACACUACUAGAAGUUAACACGUCGAAUGACAACGGCCGUAGGCUAGCAGAUGAACACGCAAAAGAGCUUCUGGAAACACAAGAGUGGGUUUCAGGAAUCAUGGAAAGUGGACAGUUGGGCGAGGAGGAGAAGGGAAGGAUUUUGGCUGCGAGUGUGAUAGUUAGGAUCAGAGGAAUUGUAGAUGCCUAUCAGAGGAGAUUGAUGGGAGAAAUGUUAAGUUUGGAGGCGUAA